AUGGUGAAGCCUGAUGAAGACGAACAUGGCUCUGGUCCAAGUCAGAAACAGGAAGCAGCAGGUAAUAGCGCGAUUCGCAACAACACUGUCAAUUCCAAGAAAACUCAGUCGGCAGCCCAAUUGGCAGCAAAAAGAGCAAGAGGUAGUCAACAGCAAAAACAGAACUCAGAGUAUAUAGAAACAGAAAGCGGGAACAGAAUAUCGCGUAAGAGUGCAAUUCAAGGAUCGCGAUAUAUUGUUCUAGGUGGCAAGUCAUUAAUAGAACAUAAUGCGGUUCUUCGCGGUGACCUUCAUCGACCAGACUCAAAUGGCCCAGUAAUUGCAAUUGGCAGAUAUACGAUUCUGGGUGCCAAAUGCUCAAUCACGCCGCCUUUAAAAUCAGAGACAAGGUAUCCAGUCAAAAUUGGAUCAUAUGUCCAUAUAGGCGAGAAUACCUCAAUUCAGGCGGCUUCGAUUGGUUCGCAUGUCUACAUUGGUAAUAACUGUGAUAUUGGCAAGUUCGCAAUCAUUAAAGAAGCAGUUGUCAUAGAAGACAACACUGUCAUCCCCCCCUUCACAGUCAUUUCUUCUUUUUCUAAAGUAUCUGGAAGCCCAGCUAAACUAGUAGAGGAACUCCCAGAGUCUGCAGAUGAUGUUAUUGAGUUAUAUACACGCAGACUUUACGCUGGGAUCGAUGUUGGUAUUCUUCCAUUUCUUGAAGCUGAUUGA